CCGUCUCAGCUGACACGGCGCUCCACUGCAUGCCGCUCCCCGUGUAUUGUUUGCUCCAGGCUCCAGCUUCUUCCCCCUUCGGAAUGCCAAACGCAGCUCUCACAUUUGGCCGUCGUCUGAUAUUCUGAUCCGUUCUCCCAUCACAUCCUGCAGCUCGGGCGGGGCACGAGUUGACGACUGCGCACAGGCUACCAACAAGAACAAGAACCAGCCAUGUCGACGACUGCGCACAAGGUGGCGACGCAAGCGGCGAGGAAGGCGACGGGGAGGCGGCCGCCGAGCGUGCUGAGGGAGAUCGUGUACGGCUUGAGCCUGGGCAUCUUCGCCGGAUACCUGUGGAAGCUGCACCACUGGAGCAACCAGCGCCGCACCCGCGAGUUCUACAGCCUUCUCGACCAGGGCAAGAUCACCGUCGUCGUCGACGAGCCGCCGCCCGGAGCCGAGGACUGAUGGUACUAGCAUACACUUCAUUGCUGCUAGCUCGUAGCCGUAGCGAAUCACCAUGCGUAUCUUUUUUCUUUUUGCGUCAAUCCAGUUUAGCGUUCGGCUGUUGCUACAAUGUCGUCAUUAACUCGUGCUCUGAUAAUCAAUAGUGGUUUGCUUUGUCA